AAGUUAAUUUUCCAUUCACUUGUUUUCUUUUCACUUUCCCUUUUCCCCUUUUGUUUCUGCUGUUGUUCAUGUGAACAUGAUUGACGCUGAAGCUGAAGAGGUUUUAUAGAGAGAUUUUCCAUUGACACGUCUCACUAUACCAUACACCAAAGGAAUCAUCAUUGUCUGUUUCCCCCAGAACAUCAUUAAAAAAAACAACAUCCUAGAUUGUUCUCUCUCUCUCUCUCUCAUCCCAGAUCUUCAUUGCCAUUGCUCCUACCACUUUCAUGUGAUCGGUUUUUGAUGGCAAAGCCAAGUUCAGCUGAUAGUAGGACUAGAAGCUCUGUGCAGAUCUUUAUAGUAGUUGGUUUAUGUUGUUUCUUCUAUAUAUUGGGCGCAUGGCAGAGAAGUGGUUUUGGAAAGGGAGAUAGUGUAGCAUUGGAGAUUACCAAGAAAGGUGCAGACUGUAAUAUAGUUCCGAAUUUAAGUUUUGACUCUCACCAUGCUGGUGAAGUUAGCAAAAUUGAUGAGGUUGAUUCAAAACCUAAGGUAUUUGAACCUUGCAAGGCUCGUUAUACUGAUUACACUCCCUGCCAAGAUCAACGGCGUGCCAUGAACUUUCCUAGAGGAAACAUGGUUUAUCGAGAGAGGCACUGCCCGCGUGAGGAAGAGAAGUUACACUGUUUGAUCCCAGCACCUAAAGGGUAUGUGACUCCAUUUCCAUGGCCAAAGAGCCGUGAUUAUGUUCCGUAUGCAAACGCACCCUACAAGAGCCUUACAGUUGAGAAGGCUAUUCAGAACUGGAUCCAAUAUGAGGGAAAUGUGUUUAGAUUUCCUGGUGGUGGAACCCAAUUUCCUCAAGGUGCCGAUAAAUAUAUUGAUCAACUUGCUUCUGUGAUACCUAUGAAAAAUGGGACAGUUAGGACAGCCCUGGAUACUGGUUGUGGGGUUGCCAGUUGGGGUGCGUAUCUUUGGAGCAGAAAUGUUGUGGCCAUGUCAUUUGCACCAAGGGACUCUCAUGAGGCACAAGUACAGUUUGCUCUAGAAAGGGGUGUACCUGCAGUCAUUGGUGUUCUGGGAACCAUUAAAUUGCCGUAUCCAUCUGCAGCCUUUGACAUGGCACAUUGUUCUCGCUGCUUAAUUCCUUGGGGAGCAAAUGAUGGAAUAUAUAUGAUGGAAGUUGACCGAGUUCUAAGACCUGGUGGUUAUUGGGUGCUUUCGGGUCCUCCAAUCAAUUGGAAGGUUAAUUACAAAUCCUGGCAGAGGCCAAAGGAGGAACUCGAGGAAGAACAAAGAAAGAUUGAAGAGGUUGCUAAGCUCCUUUGCUGGGAGAAGAAGUCAGAGAAGUCUGAAAUAGCCGUCUGGCAAAAAACUGUAGACUCUGAAUCAUGCCGAAGUAGACAAGAAGAUUCUGGUGUAAAAUUCUGUGAAUCAACAGAUCCUGAUGAUGUCUGGUAUAAGAAAAUGGAGGCCUGCGUUACUCACAAUGUUAAAAUAAAUGGUGAUGUUAAGCCAUUCCCACAGAGGCUAUAUGCCAUCCCUCCUAGAAUUGCCAGUGGCUCUGUUCCUGGAGUUUCAGUUGAGACAUACGAGGAUGAUAACAAAAAGUGGAAAAAGCAUGUAAAUGCUUAUAAGAAAACUAAUAGACUCCUGGAUACUGGAAGGUAUCGCAACAUUAUGGAUAUGAAUGCUGGUUUGGGUAGUUUUGCUGCAGCUAUUCAAUCUUCUAAGUUAUGGGUCAUGAAUGUUGUGCCUACUAUAGCCGAGAAACAAACACUAGGUGUCAUAUAUCAACGAGGACUUAUUGGCAUCUAUCAUGAUUGGUGUGAAGCCUUCUCUACAUAUCCAAGAACAUAUGACCUCAUUCAUAGCCAUAGUCUCUUUAGUCUGUACAAUGACAAAUGUAACAUAGAAGAUAUUCUUCUGGAGAUGGACCGGAUUUUGCGCCCGGAAGGUGCUGUGAUAUUCCGUGAUGAAGUCGAUGUGUUAAUUAAGGUAAAGCAAAUUGUUGGAGGAAUGAGAUGGGAUACUAAAAUGGUUGACCAUGAGGAUGGUCCUCUUGUUCCUGAGAAGAUACUAAUUGCUGUCAAGCAGUAUUGGGUUGCCGAUUCAAAUGCCACAUCAACACAUUAGUCACUGAAGACAAGUUGAAAGGCUUAACUUUCAAAACAUGAUCCUUGUUGAGUUCACAUGGUUUUGUCAUCAGCAUUUUGGCUCCACUAAUCAUCACAACUUUGGCACAGGGAGGGUGGAUACUUAUAGUUAAUGAUUAGUUGUCACUUAGCUUGAGGUUUUCUUUUCAUAAUUUAAUUAUCUUGUUAUAGGAUGUUACAUCAAAAGUCGAGCAAAACUCUGGCUUUUUUAUUAUUGAAAUAGUUUUUUUUUAUUUUCUGCUGUUUUGAAGUUGCAGUCCCUCUCCAUUGGUCCAUUGUACUGGUGAUGAUGACUUGUAUACGUUUUGUAACCAAUUGCAGUGUAUGGUUGGUUCUAUCUUGGCUAGAAUUCCCUCAUUGCCUGCAAGUCUAACUAAAACUAAAGGGCAAAAUAUGUUUAGACCCUAUAAAAUAGAUAAUCAUUUGAUUUUAGUCUCCA